GUCAUGAAACGAGUGCGCACUGAACAGAUUCAGAUGGCAGUGUCCUGCUACCUCAAACGCCGGCAAUACGUGGACUCAGACGGUCCCCUCAAACAAGGACUGCGACUUUCUCAGACAGCGGAAGAAACGGCAGCCAAUCUUACAGUUCAAUCAGAAUCUGGUUGUGCCAACAUAGUGUCUGCAGCUCCAUGCCAGGCAGAGCCCCAACAAUAUGAAGUACAAUUUGGACGACUGAGGAAUUUUCUCACUGAUUCUGAUUCCCAACAUAGCCGUGAAGUGAUGCCUCUUCUCUAUCCUCUCUUUGUCUACCUCCAUCUCAACCUGGUUCAGAACAGUUCGAAGAGCACAGUGGAAAGUUUUUACAGCCGCUUCCACGGAAUGUUUCUACAGAAUGCUAGCCAGAAGGAUGUCAUUGAGCAGCUACAGACCACUCAAAGCCUCCAGGACAUCCUGUCUAACUUCAAGCUUCGAGCAUUCCUAGAUAACAAAUAUGUUGUCCGUCUCCAAGAAGAUAGCUACAACUACCUUAUCCGCUACCUCCAGAGUGACAACAAUACUGCUCUGUGCAAAGUCCUCACCUUGCAUAUCCAUCUUGAUGUGCAGCCUGCCAAGAGAACAGACUACCAGCUGUAUGCCAGUGGCAGUUCCUCACGAAGUGAUGGCAAUGGCUUAGAGCCAACUGACAUACCUGCCCCUAUUCUUCAAAAUGAGGCAGCUCUGGAAGUCUUGCAGGAGAGCAUUAAACGUGUCAAGGAUGGCCCUCCUUCUCUUACCACCAUCUGUUUCUAUGCCUUCUAUAAUACAGAACAUCUGUUGAAUACUGCAGAAAUCUCCCCAGAUAGCAAGUUGCUUGCUGCUGGGUUUGACAACUCCUGUAUUAAAUUAUGGAGUUUACGAUCCAAGAAGUUAAAAUCAAAACCCCAUCAAGUUGAUAUUUCCCGCAUUCACUUGGCUUGUGAUAUUUUGGAAGAGGAGGAUGAUGAGGAUGACAAUACAGGCACAGAAAUGAAGAUACUGCGGGGACACUGUGGACCAGUGUACAGUACGAGGUUUCUCACAAACAGCACAGGGUUGCUCUCUUGUUCAGAAGACAUGUCCAUUAGGUACUGGGACCUUGGGAGUUUCACCAACACUGUGUUAUACCAAGGACAUGCCUACCCUGUAUGGGACCUGGACAUUAGCCCUUACAGCUUGUACUUCGCCAGUGGGUCUCAUGAUCGCACUGCAAGGCUGUGGUCAUUUGAUCGGACGUACCCUCUGAGAAUAUAUGCAGGACACCUGGCAGAUGUGGACUGUGUUAAAUUCCACCCUAAUUCAAACUAUUUAGCUACAGGCUCUACUGACAAAACUGUUCGACUAUGGAGUGCUCAGCAGGGAAACUCGGUGAGGCUCUUCACAGGUCACCGUGGCCCUGUGCUUUCUCUUGCCUUCUCUCCCAAUGGUAAGUACUUGGCAUCAGCUGGUGAGGAUCAGCGUUUGAAGCUAUGGGACUUGGCCUCUGGGAUCCUUUAUAAAGAACUGCGAGGCCAUACAGACAAUAUUACCAGCCUCACCUUCAGUCCAGACAGUAGCCUGAUCGCCUCUGCAUCCAUGGACAACUCUGUGCGUGUCUGGGACAUUAGAAACACUUACUGCAGUGCACCUGCUGAUGGCUCCUCCAGUGAACUUGUGGGUGUGUAUACUGGGCAGAUGAGCAAUGUACUGAGUGUCCAGUUCAUGGCCUGUAAUCUCCUUCUAGUGACAGGAAUCACACAAGAAAAUCAGGAACAUUAAAUUUUUUUAUCUUCAUUUUAAUAAACUGGGGGGGGGGUUGGUGGCAAGCCUCCAGAUUUCAAGUCUUAGGAUAUACUGAGAUUGAAUCACUGACUAUUAAAGAUUCCCCACUUCUGUGCAGACAUCCUGAGCACACCACCCCUUCACCCUGCCCUCUCCCCCAAAUGUUGAUGGACUAGAGUGUGUGGGAAAGGCAAUUUCAAGUGGACAUGAUAUGAAGAAUUAGAUGCUCUGGAAGUCAUAUGGCAAGUUUUUAGGAAGA